AUGUCUGAUAACGGCGCAUCUCGUCCAUCUCCAUCUACAUCUGACCCACACCCACAUCAUACCCUCCAACGCUCCACUCAGUCAGCUUCAGCGCCGCCUGGAGAUCCGUUCGAGCUACCAAAAGGACAAUGUCGCUAUAUCCUCACAAUACCAGAGUUAAAAGGCCAUCGAUGCGGCUGCAUGGGCUUUCAUCAUAACACAUCGCUACCAGGAGCAACGUGCUACUGCGGUCACUUCUCCUGCUUCCACUCGUCGACUUCCUCCCAAAGAACAAGUGAAGAUCUUCAGGGUCUCAAGAAACGGGUGAGAGAAUUAGAGAUCAUGCUGCAGCAAAAGGGCAGUUACCAGCUCGAGAACCUGGUGGCCCGGAUAGGUGACCUAGAGGAGAUGGUGGAGAGCAAUCAAGAGGAAUCAGCGACACAGCUGAAAGCAUCGUACCAAAACAGUUCGGCAGCCUGGGAAAUUGUGGAAUCACUGCAAGAGCGGAUCAAGAGCCUAGAAAACUAUUGCCAGAUCUACUGCGAGCAGAUGACGGCGACGAGGAAGAACAUCAGGGAAUUACAUAAUCGGCAGCUGGAGUUGAUGGAUGGGGAGGAGAGUUUGGAGGAGAGGAUCAAAGUGUUGGAAGAUCCUGUCGGUAUCCUGCCGAUAUUCCAGAGUGCAAAUAUGGGGUCGAUGGCUAUGGAUAUGAGGUAG